ACUUCCUCUCUCAAGCCAGCUAGGUCACUGUCAGCGCCGCGGGCACUCACUCUCACGGCCAGCAUGUGGCAGCUGCUGCCACCCGCGGUCCUGCUGCUUCUGGCGUCAGCCAGCACCGGAGCUGAAGGUGUUCAGAAGGCUGUGGUGUCCCUGCAUCCGGAAUGGGACAGGCUGCUCGAGAGGGACAAUGUGACUCUGAGGUGCCAGGGGGCCCAGGCCGAGGGGAACAGUGCCACACGAUGGUGGCACAAUGGUCACCUCCUGCCAAACCGGACCUCCAGCUACUUCAUCGAAUCAGCCAGCGUGAACGACAGCGGGGAGUACAUGUGCCAGACUAGCCUCUCCAAUCUCAGCGACCCGGUGAAGCUCCAAGUCCGUGCCGCCUGGCUGCUGCUGCAGGCCCCACGGUGGAAGCUGCGGGAGGGGGACCCCCUGGUGCUGCGGUGCCACACCUGGAAGAACAAGCAAGUGUACAACGUCCAGUACUUCCAGGACGGCAGAGGCCGGAAGUUCUCCUACAACAACACCGCCUUCCACGUCCCCAGGGCGUCCCGCAAGCACAGCGGCUCCUACUUCUGCCGGGGCCUCAUCGGGAAGCUGAACGUGUCCUCCGAGGCGGUGGUCGUCCUGGUGGAAGCGCUGGCCAUCUCAUCCUCAGGGCACCUCGUCUUGCUCUGCCUGCUGCCGGGACUCCUGUUUGCCGUGGACACGGGGCUGUACUUCUCUGUGCGGAGAGGCCUUCGAAGCUUUUUGAGGAACAAGACAAAUGACAGCGUCACUUGGAGCAAGAGCCUCCAGGACAAGCAGGAGCAAUAAACACAGACCCUCUGACCUUCAAGCCUCAGAGGGAAGGGGGGAGGGGAGGGGGGAGGGAGACCAAAGGACUUGUGUGCAUGCAUAUCAGCAUAACCAGUGGACACGGUCAGUAGGGGUGAGGGCAUGUGCUGGGGGACAGGAGCGGAUGGAAAGAGGUCAAUGGGGGGAAAAGAGACAUAUGAAAUACUUUCAACAAUAAAGAAUUUAAAUAAAUAAAAAAAGCAGAGCCUCGGAGCCCUUGUGUUCACAGCUCCAUCGUCCCCACACCGGCCCUGGCAGGUCAGCCUGGGCUGAGGGGCUUGCCCCCACUCUAUUUUCUUGCUCUGCAAUGGAAAGGAAGGGCCCAAGGUGUUUUUUAUAUUAUUGUCAUUUUUAGUUCUCAAUCUGUUUUUUUAAAUUUUGUUUUUAAUUACAGUUGACACAGAAUGCCAUACUAGUUUCAGGUGUGCACAUCAUGAUCCAGUGUUUCAUGUCCUUUACGCAGCCAUCUGGGCCGUGACCUUCAAGGGCCGACGUGGAGCCCUGGCCGUGGCAUUGCCAGACAGUGCAGUCGCAGGGCUGCACAGCACCCGGCGCGGCAGAGCAGCACGGUCUCUUGGGCAGCGACCCUUGACGCAUGAGCCUGUUUUUAAGUGACUGGGCCAGUGGGUAAGAGCAUGGACGGCGAGUGCUGGCAGGCAGUGGUCCACAUCCUGCUGCAGGACAGGUGGCGCCGGGCACCCCGAAACUCCUCCCGACAACAGGGGGACUGCUGGAGUCUGGGAGAGGCAGCAGAACGGGUGAAGGGGGGCUGAGAAAGAGCAGGCCGUUCAGGACCGACUAGAGGGUUGGGGAGCACAAAAGACUCGGUUGGAAAGUUGGGAGGAGGAAUCCUGAGGAAGGGGAGUGUGGAAGGCCUCCUGCCUGUUUAUCAGAACCCCCUUAGGGGAGUGCUGGAGGCUAAGACCAGCAGUAGUUAGCAUAUCAAUACGAUAGUCAGCUGGGCUCAAGGCAAUUCCCUAACCUGAUAACCCUUUUAUUGUUAACCAAACUUUACCAUUGAUAUGCCUGUAGGCAUUCCUAAAGGGCAAAUGUGUAUUCAAGUGAAUAAAAAGCUGAGGGGACCCAGUUUACCGGGAGCUUCUCCACUGGAGGGGAGCUUCCGCCUGGCCCCCAUGCCUUCUAAAUUCAUAUUUCUUGUCUAGUAUUUUCACUGGUGUGCGGCCCCUCCUUUAGAUCCUGAGCCCUCGCUGCAAAUGGAUGUGGAUUCACAGGGGAGACUUAGGGGUGUAUUGAAGGCGGGCCCCUAAUUAUCCCUUGACCUUUCCAAAUAAGUCUGAGCACAUGCAGACCCCCGGGUGAUUACUGGAAUCCUUACCCUUAACCCCUGGAUGCCCUGCCUAGAGGACAAUGUACACGUGUGUCCUUCUGAGAGUACUCACCCUGCUGAUUGUACCUAAACAUAAACAUUCCAAUAAAGGCCUAACGAGGCAGGAAUAGAGGCUGCCCUGGCCACUAGAUCCAGGGGCUCCUAGCCCUCUCCCCACAGUCAAACUGUGUCUGAGUCAUCUGUUCAUCAGCCCCGGCUACAGGACACCCCACCGGGACCAUCUUCGUAGGAAUCAGGGGCCGUGGAAAAUGGGUGUCAGGGAGCCCCUUGUAAGGAUUGGGAUGGCCGUGCCUGUCAGGAGGAGCAGUGGUCCUGGGAAGAGAGCUGCGGGUGGACAGGGGAGGAAGCACACAGCCCACCCUGGGCCGCGGGGAGGAGAGCGGCACUGCUGUCCCCGACGAAGUUCUGUGAGCAGAUGUCUGUGCUGAGAAAGGGCAACAAGAAAGUCAACCACAGCUCCCAGGAAGCCGGGACAGUGAGAAUUAGAGAGAGGAAGGGCGGGGACUGUGAGCCAGGGGUCCUGCUUCACUAAUUCAGGUCUAGCUUUGUCCACGUGGUUCAUUCGACAAAUGUUAGAUAAACCCCACCGAGUUCAACUGUGGCCCUUUUGUUGCCGGGUAACCCCCUGGCUGCCUGUGGCUGCAUCCAAUCACGAAGGCAGGGUUGAAUCAUCCAAGGCGUUUAUUGAGAAGGCCAGCCAACCAAGAAGGCAGGGCGCUUACAAGCAUCCAAAACCUGCCUUACAGCAGGUGCAGGGGACGGGAUUGCAUAGGAAAUGUGGGCUGGGUGGAGGUUGGGAACUGUGGACGAAAGGGGCCACAUGCUGACCUGACAAGCUCAGGGGAGGCCUGCAUGGCAGUUUUGCAGACUCAGAGACCUAAACUAACCACAAAGAAUGGUCUGA